UCCGCCCUUGUGCGCAUGCUCCGCGGGGCCACGGUUCUCCGACCGGCUGUGGUAGUGUCAGCUCCUGUGAAGGAAGUUUCCGCUUUGCACCCCACCCGGAUCACAGUUGGGUUGUAGGGCCGGCUCUCUCCGGCUCCACAUCAGCGCAUCCGGAUCAUGGGGUUACCCAAGGGGCCGGAGGGCCAGGGGCUCCCCGAGGUGGAAACAAGAGAAGAUGAAGAACAAAAUGUCAAGUUGACUGAAAUUCUGGAGCUCUUGGUUGCAGCUGGGUAUUUCAGAGCAAGAAUUAAAGGCUUGUCUCCUUUUGACAAGGUAGUAGGAGGGAUGACGUGGUGUAUCACCACUUGCAGCUUCGAUGUGGAUGUUGAUUUACUCUUUCAGGAAAACUCUACAAUUGGUCAAAAAAUAGCUCUAUCGGAAAAGAUUGUCUCGGUUCUCCCAAGGAUGAAGUGUCCUCACCAGCUGGAGCCCCACCAGAUCCAGGGCAUGGAUUUUAUCCACAUAUUCCCUGUCGUGCAGUGGCUGGUGAAACGAGCUAUAGAAACAAAGGAAGAAAUGGGCGACUACAUCCGAUCCUAUUCUAUAUCCCAGUUCCAGAAGACCUACAGUCUCCCGGAGGAUGAUGACUUCCUAAAGAGAAAAGACAAGGCCAUCAAGACGGUUGUCGACCUCUCGGACGUUUACAAGCCCCGUCGAAAGUACAGACGGCAGCGGGGAGCAGAGGAGCUGCUGGAUGAGGAGUCCCGAGUCCACUCCACUCUUUUGGAAUACGGCAGGAGAUACGGGUUUAGUCGACAGAGCAAAACGGAGAAGGCUGAGGACAAGAAAACAGCCCUUGCUGCAGGGCUGUCAGCUGCAGAGAAAGCGGAUGCUCAUGAAGAAGAUGAGCUUCAAGCAGCUGAAGAGCAACGUAUUCAGUCGCUGAUGACCAAGAUGACCGCCAUGGCAAAUGAGGAGAGCCGUCUCAGCGCAAGCUCCGUGGGCCAGAUCGUGGGUCUCUGCUCUGCCGAGAUCAAGCAGAUUGUGUCUGAGUACGCUGGGAAGCAGUCUGAGCUGUCUGCUGAAGAAAGCCCAGAAAAACUAGGAACCUCCCAACUACAUCAGCGGAAAGUCAUGUCCUUGAAUAAGCAAAUUCUGCAGAAGACCAAACAUCUAGAAGAGCUGCAAGCGAAUCGUAACAGCCUCCAAGCCAAGUACAGUGACACGAAGAAGACACUGAUGGAGCUGAAGAAUCAGACAGAGAAGCUAGACAAAGAGCAGGCGGCCCUGGAAAAAUUAGAAGCCAAAGCUGACCCGAGCAUUCUGCAGAGCCUGAGAGCACUCGUAGCCAUGAAUGAAAGUCUGAAAAGCCAGGAGCAAGAGUUUAAAGCGCACUGCCGGGAGGAGAUGGCUCGGCUACAGCAGGACAUCGAGACCCUCAAAGCUGAGAGAGCGCCAGGCGAGAAGAGUCUCUCCAGUGGAGAGCCAGAGGGUGCCCUGACCUCCACCAUGACUCACAACGAGGAGCUGGACAGACGGUACAACAUGGAAAAAGAGAAGCUGUACAAGAUCCGGUUACUACAGGCCCGAAGAAAUCGAGAAAUAGCGAUUUUGCAUCGCAAGAUUGACGAAGUGCCCAGUCGAGCAGAGCUGAUACAGUAUCAGAAGCGAUUUAUUGAACUCUACCGUCAGAUUUCCGCAGUGCACAAGGAAACCAAGCAGUUCUUCACUUUGUACAAUACCCUGGAUGACAAAAAGGUUUAUCUGGAAAAGGAGAUUAGCCUGCUUAACUCAAUUCACGAGAACUUCUCACAAGCCAUGGCCUCCCCUGCUGCCCGGGACCAGUUUUUAAGGCAGAUGGAACAAAUUGUUGAAGGCAUUAAACAAAGCAGGAUGAAGAUGGAGAAGAAGAAGCAGGAGAACAAGAUGAGAAGAGACCAGUUGAACGAUCAAUACUUGGAGCUCCUGGAGAAGCAGAGGCUCUACUUCAAGACUGUGAAAGAGUUCAAAGAGGAGGGCCGAAAGAAUGAGCUAUUGCUGUCCAAGAUCAAAGCCAAGGCCUCCUGAGAAUCCAUCUCCAUUUCUAUAUAUCAUUGAUAUAUUUUUAAUGACAUGUAUGGACUACAGGAUCCUGAAACGGUUCUGAAAAUGAUGGAGGUGAGAUACGGGAAGAUUCAUUUCCUGAAACGGUUCUGAAAAUGAUGGAGGAGAGAUACGGGAAGAUUCAUUUCAACCGGAUGGAUGGAUGUUUCCUUUCUCCUUUUUGUUUCAUUUCAUCUCUCCUGGCUGAUGGACUCAGAUUGACUAGACUAACAUCAUGGCUUGGAUGACACCCAGAAAUGUGGGCAGUGCUCAUGCACUCUGUCCAUUCAAUUUUUAUUGCUCCAGUAACACUGCAUUUAUGAAGAUACCUGGAUUUGUGCGGGACCUGAGAAUAAAGAGCAUUGUGUUCAGCAAGUAUUAAUUGAGCAACUACUGAGAAAUAAGCCCUGAGGUAAAUGUAGCAGAACACUACACCUGCUCCUCUGGCAUCUAGCAGGCACCCAGAGAACAGAUACAACCCACAUAAGCCCCAAAACUUGACUUCUGAAAUGUUUCAGAAGGCUCCUGGGUGAGUAGCCAGCACCUUCAUCUACAGUUGUGCCUUUCGUUCCGGCUUCUCACAGUGUGUGUGGAUUACAGUUUGGGCUGGCAUGCAGAGAAAGCAAUUAGCUCACAGGUGUAGAGACAGAAAGUGAGGUUCGGGUUUAUUGGAGGCCAUCUGUCUGUGGUGGGAAGGCCGAUAGAAAGUGACCGUGAUGGGUUCUGGAAAUGGCAACCCUUCAACUAGAGCCAGCUUCACAGGCAUUUCCCUUGGUGUGGCUGUAGAUGUGUCCCGCCCUUGAGCAGCAAUCGGUCAGGGAUAGCUGUGAGAGCGGCUCAUUGCCGCUCCUUUAACCCUGCACACCGCCUGCGUUCCCUUGAUAGAAAAAAAUGUUAGGGCUCCUUUCAUUGAGGACACCUCAGUAAGAAUUGAAGCUGUCCAUAUGUAGAUAGGCCCUUGUUGGAGGCAUGUCCCCUGUUCUUGCACUGCAGAUGUCAGGGUCUAAGUGAAGAUUAAGAUGUGCACACUGUUGAGUGCUAUCAGGACAGACAUGGGCAGAGACUGUGCUGGGCAUCUCCAUGUGCACAGGUACGUGCACAGGAGCACAAGGACUCCAUGGAGGAAACAGCUAUUGGGCUAGAUCAGAAAGGAAUAGGAUGUUAGCUGAGAUGGGAAGGAGGCACCUCUGGAAAUGAGCAGACCAUCCCCCCCAAGCCCCCAGCUGUGAAGAACCUAGCAACUGGAUCAUGCGCAGUAAACCCCAGUGUGAGGUUGGUGUCCCAUUCUGCAUAAAGUUGGCUCACACAUGAUCUGAACAGCAGGUUAGGACCAUUCAACAAGCAUAAAUAUGUCAGGCAAGCGGGCACUGGGCAGUCACAGAAGCACUGUUCAGUUUUAGUUUCCUAAGGGGAUUAAGAGGCGUUCAGACUUAGACAAAUGAAGAGGUGUUCAGCUGGCAGCGUGCUUGCCGGGGUUCCAUGUCUCACAUCAUGUAAAACAGGCAUGGCAGGGCACACUUGUGAUCCUAGCUCUCAGGAAGUAGAAGCAUAAGGAUCAAGAAAUCAAGGUUAUCCGAGGCGAAACAGCAAACUGGAAACCAGCCUGGACUGCAUAAGACUGUCUCCCCAACCCCCAAAAAAGCCCAUUCAGGCUUAACAGCAUCAUCAGUUCCUGAACCAGGGUGCGGAGCUGGGUAGAAACAGCAGCGCCUAAAGCAUCACCCCCCUGUCCCAGCACUCUUCUGUGAGCCAUGUGUGCACCUCUACCUCCAUGGUCAUGGGAGCAUUGUGAAAAGGCUCAGCUGAAAUAAGUACUUAUGAAACAAUAAUGAUGUUAAUAAAAAUACAAUAGUACCUUGAGGGAGGCGACAGCAUUUUGAAGGUUUUGGAACUAUUCCAGUUCAGAGGAGCGGGCCACCCACCUGUGUUUUCUUGAGAACAAGCUCGGUCAUGCAGAACUCUGGCUAGUGUCAGUGUUUGACCACAGGGGUAGGGAGGUAGGUGGAGGCAGGUGAGGUACUGGAAUCCACCUGCCCAUGUCUGGGAGAGGUCUGGAAUAACUGAUCUAAAGCAACUAGAAUUGGUUUUGGAAAUGGGAACCUUUAUUAGGUGCUGUUUCUGGAGAGUUUCUUUUGGUAUAGUUAUAGGCUUGCUCAACUACAGUCUGCGUGUAGCCAAGGAUAACUGUGAAUGUAGCCCAACACAAAAUUGCAAAGUAAUUUAAAACAUGGAGAUUAUUUCCUCUGUUUUUUUUUUUUUUUCUCCAUUACACUUAACUCUGUAAACUUUGUAGAUGUCAGUGUCAUGUAACAGCAAAAGGUUGCUCACUCUUGGUAGAGAGAGAUUGGUGGAUACUUUGUCUGAUUUUUUUAAUCUACAGGAAUUAGCACAGAUCAAUGAGAGGAUCCUGUUAUUGGUUUUACAGUAGCACGUGUGAACUCCUCCUGGGGAACAGGCCACAGAUCUAAACAGAAUACAGUUCUUACCCCCCAUAAGUCAUGCCACUAUUGCACUAAUGCUCACAGCUUGCCUGGCAAGUUGAUAUCAUAGUAUGCAAGUCUGUAGCUGGUUAAGACUGUUGCUGACACCUCCACUCCAAGCAAUAUUUGAUGCUGUGAAAGCUAGCCAACAGGGAAGACGCUUCUAGCUCAGAUCUGUCUUGAUUUCUCUAUGUGCCACAUUCAAAGUAUGUGGUAUCUAAAACAGUGAUGUCUUACUGUCUAGUUCAGGUGGGCAACCGUGCACAGUGGCUAACCCGUAUUGUUUUGGAGCCUUCUAGGUAAGGCUGUGUUAUGUGUAUACUCUUUGAAUUAGACCACAAAAGCCAGCACUGAGAAUCCUACAUUUGCUUCAGGCCUCCUGAAACAUAGACAGCACCUUUGUGGGUAAUUCCAGCAUGAAGUGGGCUGUGCAGCCUGACCUGUUUAUAGACUGAGGAGAUUACCUGGAAGACUGGUGGGAGGGAGGAGCCUCCCAGAGCAAUGUCUUCUGUACCCAGACAUAAUAUAGCAUUGUGUUGAGCCUAGUGGCUUUUACCAGAAUUAGUAGUAAAACAUCUGUAAGUGGCUUUUGUGUGUGUGCACGCUUUAAGAGAAAUCAGAUUCAGGGAAGUGAGCUUGUUCACAGGGCUGGCUCCUAGGACCAUGCAUUCUUAGGACCAGCCUCUAGAGCAGGAGCUACCUUCCUUCCUUCUUAAUUUUCAUGACAUAACUGAGGAUGCUCUGGUUGAGACCAAACUCAGAGCAGCUGUGACCAAAGUUAAACUACAGUGGUGGUGAAAGGUCUAGAAAGAUGUAGGGACAUUCUGUUGUUCUCCCAUGUCCAGUAGUUGGUCAGCUAGAGUACUACAGAAGAGCUGCCAACUCAUAUCCAGAGGGGUGAUGUUAUUUCUAAUGAAGCAGAGUCCAUGUUGGGCAUAAGCUCCUUUAAUCUGAUCCUCUGGAUGGGGGUCUGGUUUGUAGCCCAUGGUUCAAGAGUGAAGACAUGGGCUCAUGGGGAACCAAAUCAGCAUUGGUUACCAGGAAGGGCUUUCCUUCUCCAGACUGUUCUUGGAGACCUCUCGAAACCUUGAACAAAGCAUGGGGCAGGCCUUCCUAUGGCCCCCUUACUACCUCUCAAAGUGCCAUUUCCAUGGAUCAUUGCUUUGGCAGACUCACCUUUUCUACCUUGAGUAAAGUAGACACUACCUGAAGGAGUAUCUGGGACAUCCAGCCUGACUGUAGCAUAUACACUCUGCAUUCCCUCUGCCUCCCCAUGGCUCUGUCUUGCCUACUCUCCAGGUGAUGGGUGGUCAGUUUAAGGGAGCUGUGCAUCCCAGCAAGAACUUCUGACAGUGAUUUUGACUUGUGAAGGUUCAGGCAGUUGGAGUGAAAUAUGCUCUGAGAAGUACUGCAAGGAAAUGUUUUAUGAUGUGUUCAUUGCCAAGGUUGGUCACAGAGAAAAAGAACACCGUAAUGCAGAACAGUACAAUGCAGGGCCCAGUAACAUGGGUGCCAUUGUCUGUUCUUGUAGCUGAGCAUGGCCAGAGGAAGAACCUUAUGAGAUGCAUCUUAGAGUUUUCCUUGCUCUCCCUUCUAGCAGCAAGUGGCAGUAGGCAGAGUAGAAGGCAGGGGAGAUGGCUCAGUCAGUAAAGUACUUGUCUUGUAAGCAUGAGGACCUGAGCUAGGAUCCCCAGCAUCCAUGUAAAAAGCCAAGCAGAGAAGUGUAUUCCCAGCACUAGACAGGCAGAGACAGAAGGCUGUCAGGCUCACUGACCAGCCAGACUAGCUGAUUUGGUAAGCUCCAAUUCAGUGAGAUAACCUGUCUCAUAUAGUAAGGUAGAGAGCAAUCCAGACAUCUGAGUUGACCUCUGACCUUUACAUGCACAGGCAUUAUACAAGUGCAUAGAAAUACAAAGAAGUAAUGCUUCUUUCUCAGAAUAAAUAUGACAUAUCAGAUCAUGAACAGGGCUUCAGUACCUCAUCUGCAGUACAUUUGACACCAUGGGGAGUCAUUCCUUCUGUAUCUUUAUUAGCCUGUAUCAGUUUCCUAAAUGGACCAGUCUCCCCUCCAUCGAUAUUUUCCUCAUGUGUCCUCUCCACGAUUUUAGGUAAUGCCUUCACAUUGGCCUCCUGAUCAUGUCACAGUCCGCCCACCGCACUGCUGUUGUCGGUCCUAAUGACGCGUGUCACUGCUUAAGGUCCCUAGGCCUUUGCCAGGUCUGCACAAGGGCAGCAGAAGCAGGGGCCUUGCCCACCUUGCUGUGGUUCCUCAGAUAGUCAGAACAUUCCAGUUGAUGAAGUGGGCCCUCCAGAUUGUUAUCUUGGCAUCUCAUAGUAGCAAAUUAGAGAUUUAACCUAGUCCAUGCUCAGGUUGAAGCAGGCUGGCAGUUCUAGUCAGCAGCUUUAGAGAAGCCCUCUCAGGCAUGUGUUCAGUCCGUAACCUUGAAGGGCGAAUGGAAAAGGAGUUUUCCGGAAGUUUCCAGCCUUUAACCAAGAUCACCUUUUGGAGAUGUCCAGUAUUGUGGCAAGGAUGGCACAUUAGUGUCACAUAGGCUCAUGAGUAUGUUCUUCCUUCAGAUGGGUGGUGUCAUACAGCUGUGGGCAGUAGCACGCCACAGUCAUGGCAGAGUACAAGUACAGCCUCCAUGGAGGACAGUUGGACAGUUCACAAAUCCCAGUGUACCGCCUUUUGAACCAGCAGUGCCACAUCUAGGAACUUUUCUUAUGUACAGAAACUUUUAUUAAAGCAACGUUUGUAGUAACAAAAAGAAACUACUAGUAAUUCAGAACAGGGGUGAAAAAUCAUGACCCAUCUCUACAGUGGAGCAGUCUGCAGACAGUUAAAAGAAUAAACCUGCUGUGUUUAUUGGCAGGGAACGUUCAUGGGAUCUUGGAGCCACAUGGUUAAGUGGGGGAAGAAAACAUCAGUGAACAUGCAUGAAAUGCUAGUAUUUGGUGUAGAGAUAAAUACAUGUGUUGUAGGUGUGUGUCUGCAUAUGUGCGUGUGCAUAUACUUACAUAUGCUGGUGAUAUGUCCGCUUGCGUGUUCUCAGAGUGUCUCUGAGAAGCGACACAGCAGCCUGGCAACCUUCGUUGCCUCUUGGAAGAGGGUGGGAAUGACUUUUCACCAUUUGCCUUUUGUACUCUGGAAUUUUGUACCAUGUACAUGCAUUAUCUACUCAAAAAUAAAUAGUUUUUGAAGUUUAA